GAAGGAAAGGGGAGCCUAGAGCCAGUAGGAGUGCUGAGCUGUGAGGGCGCUCAGCGCCGCUGGGCAUCAUUGCGGUGCUCGCUGAAGACAGACUGCAGAGGCAGAUCACCUGCUGUAAAAUGGGUCUCCUGCUUCAGUUGCUCCCAGCUCUGGGCCUUCCCCAUCAACAUCAAGACUCUGGCUGCAUCCAGAUGCACCCUGCAAGGAACUGAGGGGCCUUGUGGGAUAUCCACAGAAAGAUCCUCAAAGAUGUCUCAGAGCCAGCAGAGUCUCCAAACUGUUUGAUCACAUUCCAGCUCCUCCCAUACCUCAAUUUCUGUUGCUAUGGAGACUUCCAAUGGGACUGAGACCUGGUACAAGAGCCUCCAUGCUGUGCUGAAGGCUCUGAACACAACCCUUCACACUCACUUGCUCUGCCGGCCUGGACCAGGGCCAGGAUCAGGACCAGGGCCAGACAAUCAAACUGAGGAUCGCCGGGCUAGCCUUCCUGGUCGCAAUGACAACUCCUACAUGUAUAUUCUCUUUGUCAUGUUCCUAUUUGCUGUCACUGUGGGCAGCCUCAUCCUGGGAUAUACCCGUUCACGCAAAGUGGACAAACGUAGUGACCCCUAUCAUGUGUACAUCAAGAACCGUGUGUCUAUGAUCUGAUGUGAGGUGACUGAGGACAAUGGAAAAUUACGAUGUCUGAGGAUUGUCUCCUUGGGCCUCUGGAACUCCUCUCAACUCCUCCUCCUAUCAAGCGUUGGUGUCUCUGUCUAUAUAAGAUCAACAAGAAAUUGAUAAGAGAGUUAGGUCAUCGUUGGGACCAGAGAAGAGGGGCUGACAGGCCCGGUCUUGUGGAUGAAACAUUUUUUCCAGACACAAAUGUGCAUUAUAAACUCAGAGCCCACGAACACAUAGGUAGAAGUAUGAACAACCAGCAAGUAGAAGAGGAAGCUGUGGUAAAGGGAAAUGGGGCUGGAAGAUGCUCUGGAUAUAUAAUCUUUUAAUGUAUGAUCUUCAACAUGAGAAACCUUGAUAAAUCUAA